AUGGCAGGAAACAACAAGCCCUUGUCGUCGGCCACCGGCGGCCUGGCCUUUUCUCGCCUGCCCUCCGACGAGAUCAGAAAGAUCUCGGUCAAACAGAUUCAUGUCACUCCAGCCCUGGAUUCCAUGUUUGGCCCUAUACCAGGUGGUGUCCACGACCUGGCUCUGGGGGCCAUACAGGCAUUGGACUCGAACUGUUCCACUUGUCGCAUGAAUGCCAUCCAUUGUGCCGGCCAUUGCGGACACAUUGAGCUUCCCGUGCCUUGCUACCAUCCUCAGUAUAUCGACUCGACUCUACGGCUUUUACGCGCCAAAUGCGCAUACUGUCACCGCUUCAAGGCAGCGCCCAACUACAUCAAUCAGACCGUCUGCGCUCUACGACUACUGCAAUAUGGGCUCGUGGAAGAACACCAGAACAUCAAGGCCAUGCAUCUAGGUGGGAAGAAGGUCAAGAGGCCAAAGACGGACCACAUUGUCGAAGACAUACUGGAGAACGACGACGAGGAGGAGAUUGACGAUCUGAUCGACCGCCGAACCAAAGCCACGAACAAGGCAAUCAAAAGAGCACGCAGGAAGGGCCUGAUCGACUCGCAGGCCUUAAUUCGAAAUCCCGUGGCAAUCGCCGGUCGCAAGGCCGUCAUCGCGGAUUUUCUUAAAGAGGUGCCUCACUUGAAGAAGUGUGCGAACUGUGGCGGCGCUGCCCAUACGUACCGAAAGGAUCGAAAUGUCAAGAUCUUCAAGAAACCAUUGGCGUUGAGGUUGAAGGAAGAAAUGCGUGUGAUGGGAAGGAAAGCCCCGAAUCCGCUGAUCUUCCUCCAGUCGGAAAGGGCGCAGAAAGAGGAAGUGAAGAUCAAGAAACCCUUGAGCAACGGGGUGCACGAUGAAGAUGUUGCCAUGUCUGAUGCUGCCGACGCCGAGGCUUCAGAAGCGCACGGCGCCGAGGAAGAGAUUGCGAUGCGAAACGCGUUGGAGACGGCUGCGCAGUCGAAGAACGCCGAGUUGGAGGACGAAGAUGACGUGCAGUCAUACAUGACGUCCAACGAGGUGCACGCGGCGUUGACUCUCUUGUUCGACCGGGAGCAGGAAGUGCUCAGUCUCAUGUACGCCUCUCAUCCAGGUCGCAAGCACUCGUCGGUCUCGCCAGACAUGUUUUUCAUGACCGCCGUCCUUGUCCCCCCGAACCGUUUCCGCCCUCUCGCCAGGCAGGGACCUGAUCAGAUGCUCGAAGCACAGGCCAACGGUGUUCUGAACAAGAUCAUCAAAGCUGCGAACGACGUCCGAGGUAUUCUUCGCGACAUGAAGAGAGCCAAAACCGACGACUCGGUGCGCCCUCGCACCCUGAACGACAGCAUUCAGGCUGCGAUCGUUCUACAAGAGACGGUCAAUGCCCUGAUAGAUUCACCCCCGCCAGCUUCUGGCAAGCCCACGGACCAAGGUAUCAAACAGGUGUUGGAGAAAAAGGAAGGCCUGUUCCGGAUGCAUAUGAUGGGAAAGCGGGUGAACUUUGCUGCACGAAGUGUCAUUUCUCCCGACCCCAACAUCGAGACGAACGAGAUCGGCGUGCCCCUUGUCUUCGCAAAGAAGCUUACCUACCCGGAGCCAGUCACGAGUCAUAACUUCGAGGAGCUGAGCAAGGCGGUGAUCAACGGUAUGGACAAAUACCCUGGCGCCGCUGCAAUUGAGAACGAGAAUGGCAUGGUCCUCAGCCUGAAGCGCAAGACACUCGAGCAACGCAAGGCUUUGGCGAAGCAACUCAUGACUUCUACGGUUCCUGGCGCAAAGGGUGAUACCGGAAAGAAAGUCUACCGGCACCUGCAGACAGGGGAUGUGGUCGUCAUGAAUCGACAACCCACAUUGCACAAACCCUCCAUGAUGGGUCACCGAGCCCGUGUGCUGACGAACCAGAAAACCAUUCGCAUGCACUACGCCAAUUGUAACACCUACAAUGCCGAUUUCGACGGUGACGAGAUGAACAUGCAUUUUCCACAGAAUGAGCUUGCACGGACAGAAGCGCUGCAGAUUGCCGACACUGAUCACCAGUAUCUCUCUGCCACUGCAGGAAAGCCGCUGCGAGGUUUGAUUCAGGAUCAUAUCUCCAUGGGCGUUCAGUUUACAAGUCGGGAUAUUUUCUUCGACCGAGACCAAUAUCAGCAGUUGCUAUACAGUUGUCUCAGGCCGGAGGAUUACAACACCGUCUACGAGAAGAUCCAAAUGGUAGAGCCUGCCGUUCUGAAACCGAGAAUGUUGUGGACUGGAAAACAGGUCAUUACGACUGUUCUGAAGAACAUCACCCCUGACCGAUUCCAUGGUCUCAACUUGUCCAGUAAAUCUUCCACCUCGGCCGAGCAAUGGGGUGAAAAGACAUCCAACGACCCGGAAAAAUGGACCGUGACUAAAGACAGCAUUGUCUUCCGCGACACUGAACAGGUGGUGAUAUUCAGAGACGGAGAGCAUUUGUCGGGUAUCCUCGAUAAAAACCAACUGGGACCGAGUGCUGGAGGCCUCAUUCACUCCGUCCACGAGAUCUACGGCCACAUCACUGCCGGUAAGCUGCUGAGUAUACUCGGUCGCCUGCUUACACGAUACCUUAAUGAGCGGGCUUGGACUUGCGGAAUGGAUGAUCUCUACUUGACCCCUGAAGGCGACCGCAAACGACGAGAAGAGCUCACCAGAGCUAAGCAAAUUGGGUUUGAAGUCUCUGCCGAGUACGUCACGCUGAAGGCGGACGGAAUCGACGAACAAGACCCCGAUCUCAUCAGUCGUCUGGAAAAUGUCGUCCGUAACGACGAUCAGCUCAACGGCCUGGAUCAGCUUUACAAGGCCAAAGUCAAGUCCAUCACUGACAAUGUGUCCAAGUUCUGUCUGCCCAAGGGUCUUCGAAAGCCAUUCCCACGCAACCAGAUGCAGGCCAUGACCAUCUCCGGUGCUAAAGGAUCCAGCGUCAAUGCAAACUUGAUUUCCUGCAAUCUGGGUCAACAGGUGCUGGAAGGUCGAAGAGUGCCUGUCAUGGUCAGUGGCAAGACUCUGCCCUCUUUCCGCGCAUACGAGACCGAUCCUGUGGCUGGUGGAUACGUGUGCGGGCGAUUCUUGACCGGCAUCAGACCUCAAGAAUACUUCUUCCACGCAAUGUCCGGUCGAGAAGGGUUGAUCGAUACGGCAGUCAAGACGUCCAAAUCCGGCUACCUGCAGCGCUGCAUUGUCAAGGGUCUCGAAGGACUUCGUACCGAAUACGAUACAUCUGUGCGAGAAAGCUCGAAUGGCAACGUCAUCCAGUUUCUCUAUGGAGAAGACGGGCUUGAAGUCACGAAACAAAAGCAUCUCAAGGAGUUUACAUUCCUCGCUGAAAACCAGCAAUCGGUAGCCACCUUGAUGAAAGCGGAAGAGGUGCUUGAAAAGAUCAAGAAGCCAGAUCUGGAUCUAGCGGACGAACAGAAGGACAUCUUCAAAUCCAUCAAGAAAGGGAAGGCUAAGGACCCCCUGACGGCUUUGUUCACCCCCGCAAGCCACUUUGGCAGCACCUCAGAAUCCUUCGCCGCAGCUGUCAACGCCUAUGUGAAAGAGAACCCUCACAAGCUGAUCCGAGACAAGAAGACGAACCCUGGUGGCAUCAUCUCGAAGAAGACGUUCCAGUCGAUCAUGGAUCUGAAGUACAUGAAGUCCAUUGUGGACGCUGGUGAGGCUGUUGGCGUUGUGGCCGCCCAGUCGGUAGGAGAGCCGUCCACUCAGAUGACACUGAAUACUUUCCAUUUGGCGGGCCAUUCAGCCAAGAACGUCACCCUGGGUAUUCCGCGGUUGCGGGAGAUCAUCAUGACUGCCAGCGCCAAAAUCAUGACCCCAACGAUGACUUUGAAGCCCAUUGAGGAGCUGACCCAAGCGGAGGGUGAGCGGUUUGCGAAGAGUAUCAGCCGUCUCUCACUGGCGCAUGUCAUCAACAAGCUCUCGGUGACCGAACGAGCGGGUGGUGGUGCUGGUUAUGAGCAUGAGAAGAUCUUCGACAUUCGGAUUGACCUGUACGAUCCGGCAGAGUACGAGGAGGAAUAUGCGAUCCAACGUGCCGACGUUCAGCGAUGUUUCGAGAAGCGAUUCUUGCCCCGACUCGACAAGAUGAUCAAAGACGAGUUCAAGAAGAAGGCUCGAGAGGCUUCUCUGUCCGAAACCACUGCCGCCGUCCCCGCUGUUGGUAUUUCCGUCGGUGUGGUCGAAGAGGCCCGACCGACUCGAACACGGACCACAGACAGAGAAGGCGGCGAGGACGACAUCGACGAAGAUGCCGACCCAGAUGAUGCAAAGGACGCGGCCGCACAACGUAGACGGGAAGACACAUACGACGAACCUGACGACGACGAGAAGGGCAUUGCCAACGAAUCCGGCGACGAAGCCAUGAGCACAGACGAGGAGCAAGAGACGCCUACAAAGAAACCGAGCAAGUCGCGACGGAUCUCGAAAGUGCCGCAAACACUGCGUGAACAAGAUCCCGACGACGAUGACGCCGAGGAGACCGACGAGGCUGAAGACAUGGACUCUGAAGAAGAAGCUCGACAGACCCGACUCAAGGCCGACCUGCCACACCUCAAACGAUUCAACUUUGCCCGCAACGCAGGCAAGUCCUGCCGUAUCGUGCUCAGCUACGACUCCAACACGCCCAAGCUGCUGCUCCUGCCGAUCCUGGAGAAAUGCGUUCAUGCCGCGGUCAUCCAAUCCAUCCCCGGCCUCGGCGUGUGUACACUCUUUAUGGAAGAGGUCCACGGCCCCGACGGCAAGCCCGUCAAGCAGAUCAACCAGGAGACCGGGGAGGAAGAGUCGGCCAAAGAGCCGGUCAUCACCACCGAAGGCGUCAACCUCCUCGCCAUGCGCGACUACCAGGACCAAAUCUAUCCGCACUCGCUGUACACCAACUCGGUGCACGACAUGCUCAAGCUGUACGGGGUCGAGGCCGCGCGCAUGACCAUCAUCAAGGAAAUCGACGGCGUCUUCAAGGGCCACGGCAUCACGGUCGACACGCGACAUCUGAAUCUGAUCGCCGACGCCAUGACCAAUUCCGGCUCCUACCAGCCCUUCAGUCGCCACGGGCUGGUCCGAGAAGGAGGCAGCAUCCUCGCCAAGAUGAGUUUCGAGACCGUCAUGGGAUUCCUCAAGGAUGCCGUCUUGUUUGGCGAAAGCGAUCCGCUGUUGGGUCCAAGUGCCAGAAUCGUGGCUGGACGGAGAGGUAAUAUUGGUACUGGUGCCUUUGACGUGGUGAUGCCUGUGCAUUGA